AUGAGGGGCUCGGAAGGGUUGCAGUCGGUCUUGACUGCGGCCGGACGGUUUCCGCCCACGCCAAAUCCCAUCCUGCACGACAUUGGUCUGCUUUCGACCCGACAGCCAUUAUGCGGCGAUCCAGAGGGCUGGGGUCCGGUGAGCUCCCUGAGGUGGGAUCUGACACCCUGUUUUCUUGAUGUCUGGAUUGUUGCAGUCUCGGUUUGGGGCAUUGUGGGUGGUGCGGGAGCACUGUGGUUCUUGUUUCGAAAGCGCAUUGCUCAGGACGUCCCCAAAAAUUGGCAUUUCUACGCAAAACUGUCUUUAAUCGCAGCCCUAAUCGUCACGACCGUCCUCCAAGCUGCCUUCCAGAUCGAACGGUUGUCGGGAAUAUGGUAUCAGGACAUCAGGUUCUACACCUCCAUCACCACGGUUGUCUCGCUCUUCGUCAUCUUCGCUGUACAAUACCAUGAGCACUGGCGGUCGCGCAACCCAAAUGGCGUCGUGCUCUUCUACUGGGUCUUCUUCAUUCUGGCAUACAUUGUCAAGCUGCGGUCCUUGGUGGCCAGAGGCGCCUACAAUACACGUCUCCCGUAUUUUGUCACGUUCAAUGUCAGCAUGGCUCUUGCCAUCGUGGAAUUCGUCCUCGAAUACCUGGUUCCGAAGAAACAGAGUGCCUAUGACGCCCUUGGCGCAGACGACGAAUGUCCGUACGAAUAUGCCGACGUCUUCUCCGUCCUCACCUUCAGCUGGAUGACUCCAUUGAUGAAGUUUGGGUAUAGCCAUUAUCUCACUCAAGAUGAUUUGUGGAACCUGCGGCACCGGGACACAACAAAAGUCACGGGUGAUAUGUUGCAGGAAGCCUGGCAGGAUGAGCUGGAAAAGAAGAAGCCGAGUUUAUGGAUAGCCUUGGGCAGGGCGUUCGGCGGCCCUUAUGUCCUUGCAUCAAUGGCCAAGAUCGUCAGUGAUUGUCUGGCUUUCGUGCAGCCCCAGCUCCUGCGGCUGUUGAUCACGUUCGUGGACUCGUAUCGACCCGGUCGCGAGCGGCAGCCGGAAAUCCGUGGCAUCGCCAUUGCGUUGGCCAUGUUUGCCACCUCGGUCUGCCAGACUGCUGCUCUCCAUCAAUACUUCCAGCUGGCCUUUGAGACCGGGAUGAGAAUCAAGUCUUCUCUCACUGCCAUGAUAUAUGCAAAGUCCUUGCGGCUGUCAAACGAAUCUCGGGCGAAGAAGAACACUGGAGAUAUUGUCACCUACAUGAGCGUAGACCAGCAGCGUCUCGCCGAUCUGGCUCAGUGGGGUCAGCAGGUGUGGUCGGCGCCAUUCCAGAUAACGCUCUGCAUGAUCUCCCUCUACCAACUGGUCGGCGUUUCGUGCUUUGCAGGUGUCGCAGCCAUGGUCAUUAUGAUUCCGGUCAACGGCUUCAUUGCUCGAUUUAUGAAGAAGCUGCAAUUGGACCAGAUGAAGUACAAGGACCGCCGGUCACGCUUGAUGACGGAGAUCCUUAACAACAUGAAGGCCAUCAAGCUCUACGCAUGGGGCUCGGCGUUCAUGGAGAAGUUGAGCCAUGUACGCAAUGACCUCGAAUUGAACAAUCUCCGGAAGAUCGGGGCGGCCCAGUCUUUUGCGACGUUCACGUGGUCUUCUACACCAUUCUUCGUGUCGUGCUCGACCUUCGCCGUCUUUGUGCUGGUCAACGAUACGCCAUUGACGACAGACCUAGUCUUCCCUGCGCUCACAUUGUUCAACCUCUUGACCUUUCCACUGACCGUGCUGCCAAUGGUUAUUACAAGCAUAAUCGAGGCGUCGGUCGCAGUUGGUAGGUUGACCGCGUUCUUCACGGCGGACGAGCUUCAAGAGGAUGCGGUGAGGAUGAUUGACGAACCCCCAAGCCAGGCGGGAGAUUCAUGCGUUUCAAUUCGGGAUGCCACUUUUACCUGGGAUAAGAACCAGGCUAAGAACGUUCUCGAGAACAUCAACUUCAAUGCGAACAAGGGCGAAUUGACCUGCAUUGUUGGCCGUGUCGGAGCUGGCAAGUCUUCGUUGCUCCAAGCCAUGCUCGGUGACCUCUGGAAACUUCAAGGUGAGGUCGUCGUGCGUGGACGCAUUGCCUAUGCAGCGCAGUCGCCUUGGAUCAUGAACGCGAGUGUCAAAGAAAACAUCAUCUUUGGCCAUCGAUGGGAUCCUCAUUUCUACAACCAGACCGUCAACGCCUGUGCUCUUGUGGAUGACUUCAGACAACUACCGGACGGAGAUCAAACCGAAGUGGGUGAGCGUGGCAUCUCCUUGUCGGGAGGUCAAAAGGCUCGGUUGGCGUUGGCCCGGGCUGUCUACGCUAGAGCCGAUAUCUACCUCCUCGAUGAUGUCCUGUCUGCGGUCGAUCAGCACGUUGGACGCCACCUGAUCAACAACGUGCUGGGCCCGAACGGCCUCUUGGGCGGGAAAGCCAGGGUCCUGGCCACGAACGCCAUCAACAUUUUGAAGGAGGCUGACUACAUGUACUUGCUCCGUGAUGGGACAGUUCUGGAGAAAGGCACUUACCAGCAGCUCAUGGCCAUGAGAGGCGAGGUUGCCAACCUGAUCAAGACGGCGAUUCAAGAGGAGCAGCAGGAGUCGGAAGGCGAACGGAGCCCCAGCAUCGAAGGCACGGAUUCUGAUGAGUCUACCACUGCUGUGGACAGUGCGGUUCAGGACGAAUACGAUGUCGAAGAGGCAGAAGAGUCGCGUCAACGCGUUGGCGACCUUGCACCAAUUCGCGCUGGUCCAAACGGGCCAUCGACGGCGCGGAAAACCAGCUUCAACACCCUGCGACGAGCCUCCACGGCAAGUUUCAAAGGCCCCAUGGGUCGCAUGACGGACGAAGAGGGCGGGUUGAAGAGCAAGCAAAACAAAGAGACAUCCGAGCAGGGUAAAGUCAAGUGGUCGGUCUACACCAGUUACGCCAAAGAAAGCAACCUCAUCGCCGUCGGGAUCUACAUGCUGGCGUUGCUCGCCGCUCAGACUGCUCAGAUCGGAGGCAGCUUUUGGCUGAAGCGAUGGUCAGAGAUCAACGAGUCGUAUGGUUCCAAUCCCGAAGUGGGAAAAUACAUUGGGAUCUACUUUGCGUUCGGAAUCGGAGGUGCAGGUCUUGUCGUGGUCCAGACCCUACUUCUCUGGAUUUUCUGCUCAAUUGAGGCUUCGAGAAAACUACAUGACCGAAUGGCGUACGCCAUCUUCCGGUCUCCAAUGAGUUUCUUCGACACCACCCCUGUCGGUCGCAUCCUCAACCGCUUCUCAAGUGACAUCUACCGAGUUGAUGAAGUCAUUGCUCGCACAUUCAAUAUGCUUUUCGUCAAUACGGCUCGCGCCUUCUUCACCAUCGGCGUCAUUGCUGCUGGAACACCGGUUUUCCUGAUCCUAGUCGUGCCUUUGGGGGCGGUGUACGUGCUAUACCAAAAAUACUAUCUCCGCACCUCGCGCGAGUUGAAACGACUGGACAGCGUGAGCCGAAGUCCGAUCUAUGCGCAUUUCCAGGAAACCCUUGGAGGGGUGUCCACCAUCCGUGCAUUUCGGCAACAGCUACGCUUCCUCAUGGAAAACGAGUGGCGUAUGGACGCCAACCUACGGGCAUAUUUCCCUUCCAUCAGCGCGAAUCGGUGGUUGGCGGUUCGCUUGGAAUUCAUCGGAUCUAUCAUCAUCCUGGCGGCCGCCGUUUUCGCGAUCAUCACGGUGACAACUGGAGGCGCCCUGUCGGCUGGCAUGGUGGGCCUUGCGAUGUCAUAUGCCCUGCAGAUCACACAGUCACUGAACUGGAUCGUGCGACAGACAGUGGAGGUGGAGACCAACAUUGUUUCUGUGGAGCGUGUGCUCGAAUACGCCAGCCUGCCCAACGAAGCUCCCGAGGUCAUCUUCAAGAGUCGACCGAGCAUUGGCUGGCCGGCGCACGGCCAGAUCACAUUCAAGGAUUACUCGACGCGGUAUCGCGAGGGCCUCGAUCUGGUGUUGAGAGAUAUCAACCUGAGCAUCAAACCCCGGGAGAAGAUCGGAGUGGUGGGACGUACAGGAGCAGGGAAAAGCUCGUUGACUCUUGCACUGUUCCGGAUCAUCGAGCCAGUGACCGGACACAUUAGCAUUGACGGUCUGAACACGUCCACGAUUGGCCUGCUCGACCUUCGAAGACGUCUUGCCAUCAUUCCUCAGGACGCCGCUCUUUUCGAAGGGACCAUCCGCGACAACUUGGAUCCUCGCCAUGUCCACGACGAUACGGAACUGUGGAGCGUGCUCGACCACGCCCGACUGAAGGAGUAUGUCUCGAGCAUGCCUGGCGGAUUGGAUGCUACGGUGCACGAAGCUGGUUCGAAUCUGAGCCAGGGACAACGGCAGCUCGUCUCUCUCGCGCGGGCUCUACUCACCCCAAGCAACAUCCUGGUGCUUGAUGAGGCCACUGCUGCCGUGGACGUGGAGACGGACCAGAUGCUUCAAGCCACGCUGCGCAGCAACAUGUUCGAGAACCGUACCAUCAUCACCAUUGCCCAUCGUAUCAACACUAUUCUGGAUUCGGAUCGGAUCGUGGUGCUGCAGCAAGGACGAGUGGCCGAGUUCGACACCCCAGAGGAGCUGAUCAGAAGGCGCGGAUUGUUCUACGAACUGGUCCGGGAGGCUGGCCUUCUCGACGGGUUUGGCAAUGGUAGUGCGGUCGCGAACAAACAAUAA